AUGAAGAGCGUAACAUUCCUCCUCAUCCUCAUCGUAGCUAUUGCCCUCUCCAUGUGCUUGGCGGGUGCCAGAGACCUAUCCGAAGACCAUCGUAAGGAGCACGAGCAUGACCACCGUGAGACGCAUUUAGACCAUCACCAUGAGAAGGAUCACAAAGAUGGCCACCAUCCGCAUGGCCCACAUGAGGAGCAUCAUGAAGUGCAUGAUCAUAGGGAUCACAAGGACAAUGAGAAGCAUGAACAUGACAAACGCGAGAAGGAUCAUAAUGAGCAUGAGCAUGAGCACGAGCACGAGCAUGAGCACGAGCACGAGCACGAGCACGAGCACGAGCACGAACAUGACAAACGCAAGAAGGAAUAUCGUAAUGAGCAUGACCAUGACGAACACGAACACAAGAAGGAUCAUAAAGAGCACGACGUCGACGAACAUAAGCAGCAUCACAAGAGGCACGAUGAUGACCAUUAUAAGAGGGAUCAUAAGGAGCAUGAUGGCCGUCAUUAUUGA